UUACGCUCAGGCCGAGCCGGGACAGGGGCGGCGGCGGCGGCCGGCCGAGCCCGGGGAUGGCGAUGUUCCGCAGCCUGGUGGGCUCGGCUCAGCAGCGACAGCCGCCGGGCGGGCCCGCGGGCGGCGACAGCGCCCUGGAGGCGCAGUACAGCUGCCCCAUCUGCCUGGAAGUCUACCACCGGCCCGUGGCCAUCGGCAGCUGCGGCCACACGUUCUGUGGGGAGUGCCUCCAGCCCUGCCUGCAGGUGCCGUCCCCGCUGUGCCCACUGUGCCGCCUGCCCUUCGACCCUAAGAAGGUGGACAAGGCUGCCCACGUGGAGAAGCAGCUCGCAUCCUACAAGGCGCCCUGCCGAGGCUGCAGUAAGAAGGUGACACUGGCCAAGAUGAGAGUGCACGUGUCCUCCUGUGUGAAGGUCCAGGAGCAGAUGGCCAACUGUCCCAAGUUCGUCCCCGUGGUGCCCACGUCCCAGCCCAUCCCCAGCGCCGUCCCCAACAGGUCCACCUUUGCUUGCCCUUACUGUGGCGCCCGCAAUCUGGACCAGCAGGAGCUGGUGAAGCACUGCGUGGACAACCACCGCAGCGACCCCAACCGCGUGGUGUGUCCCAUCUGCUCGGCCAUGCCCUGGGGUGACCCCAGCUACAAGAGCGCCAACUUCCUGCAACACCUGCUCCACAGGCACAAGUUCUCCUACGACACCUUCGUGGACUACAGCAUCGACGAAGAGGCCGCCUUCCAGGCCGCCCUGGCCCUGUCUCUCUCUGAGAACUGACGGUGCCACCACUGGCUGAGCCUCCCCACCUCCAAGGACAGAGCCCGCCGGCUCCUGCGCCCAGACCCGCCUGGGAAGGCGCCCCGAGGGCCGGGCAGAACCACAUCGCUGCCAGAGGAGAGGCCGCGUCCCCACCGCCUGCGCUCCUGCUGAGCGCCACUGGCUCCUCGGUGCUCGGGCUGAGCAGGUGGCCUCGCGGGGCAGCCACUGGGGCAGAGUGCGGCCCCUGUCCGUGUCUCAAAGCCAUGCUGUCCUCCCUGCCGAGAGGACCCUUCAGGCCCCUCCACGUCCGCAGGCCCUGCCACCCAGCAGGGAUGCACAGGGGCCUGGCCCAGCACCUGGCAACGCUUCCCCCUUGCGCGCUCGGUACUGGCUUUUGUGAUACCUAGAGGUUCCGCACUUUUCUAUAUUAUCCGGUGUGAUGACCUUUUCACGUUUUCUAGAGCAAAGACAGAGCAGUUACCCUUCAUAUUGCAAUAUCUGUGUUUGACUAGGAACAAUAGUAUUUUUAUGGAACAUUUACAAAAUUAUAUUUUUUAAAAAAAACAAAAACAGUUGUGGGAUAGGUGGGGGAAGGAGAGAGACAGGACAAUGGCUGUGCGUGGGGACCAAGGUGACCACAUCCCCAGGUCACUUCGCUGUUCCCCAGGGUCCCAGUCUUCUGGCUGGUGAUAACAGCCAGAAGAAAUCCCAGUGCCUGGCCACUUGCGGAGGCAGCCGGGUCUGCUCCUGGCCUCCCACCCGGUCCCGGCCUCAGCCCCGCUGUCACUGUUCUGAAGCUGACCACCUCCUGCCCCAGGCAGGGCCACCCACAAUGGUGGCAGGACGCGGGGGCCGGGGCAGUGGCUGGUCAGGCCAGAAAACGCUCACUAGCACCUUCGUUUGGUUUCUGGCAUAAAUUAUUGCUGUCUUUAAAAAAAAAAAAUUUAAAUAAAACGUUUCAAAGCA